AAGCGCAUAGUUGCCAGCCAUCUUUGUUAUGAAUGAUGAGUUUUGUCUGGGAUGCCGGCGUUACCAACGCAUUUAUAGGUCACUCCAUGGAUUAGACAACUUAAAUUGAGAGAUAUGAAGUUUACAGAGCAUCUUGGCGCUCACUUAACACCCGAAUGGCGCAGCCAGUACAUACGUUAUGAGCAACUUAAAGAAGUCCUUUAUGAUGGGCUGGAAAAGAUGCCUCGAAAGGAUGAAAAUCCUGACUCAAUUGUGCAGAGUUAUUUCUCCAAGUUUGAGGAGCAGUGGUUUAGCUACUGUAAUGAGGAACUAGAAAAAAUUAAUACAUUCUUUGCAGAAAAAAUUGCUGAGGCUGGCCGAAAGUUCACAGCUCUAAAAAAUGAACUUCAUGUGGCUGGCUCCCUUAAGGUAGGGCCCAGUCUCAGCACUCUGGCAACAUCAAGGAAAGUGACGCUGUCUCCAGAACCAAGCAACAAGGUCAAGGUCAAAACAAAGAAGAAAGUCAACCAGCUGAAGUUUGCAUUUGGAGAAUUUUAUCUUAGCUUAAUUCUUCUACAGAAUUAUCAGCAACUUAAUUUUACUGGAUUUAGGAAAAUUCUCAAGAAACAUGAUAAGCUCUAUGAAACCCCUAAUGGUGCCCAGUACAGACAGGAAAAAAUAGAAGUGGCAGAUUUUUUUGUUAACAAGCAUGUAGAUGAGCUUAUUCUAAAUACAGAGGAUUUGUAUAUUUCUGAACUUGAGGGUGGGAACCGUUCAAGAGCUAUGAAUAGAUUACGAGUACCUCCACUGGCAGAGGAACUCAGGCACGGUAACUGGGUCUCUUGUAGAGUAGGAUUCUUGGCUGGCCUGUUCCUCAUGCUUGUUUCAAUAGCUACAGUUACUGCUUUCUUUACAGAUCACACUGGAGAGUUUGACAUCGCAAUUCGUAUUUACCGCGGGAUUUUCCUCUUUGUGUUAGUCACGUUUCUCCUGGCCGUGAACACCUGGGGCUGGCGUAAAGCAGGUGUUAAUCACGUGCUUAUAUUUGAACUCGACCCACGUGACCAUCUUAGCUACCAACACCUGCUAGAGGUUGCAUUGUUGCUGGGUGUCCUGUGGGCCAUCAGUCUUGUGGUGUUCAUGUUUUCUCACUUGUUAGGAAUAGAAUCUUAUUCUCCCAACUUGGUUUUAGUGUCGUUCCUGUUUCUGUUUACUCUCAAUCCGUUUAAAAUAUGUUACUACAGAGCACGAUUCUGGCUUCUGAGAGUUCUGGUAAGUUUUCUUGAAAGUUCUGUAAGUUACUAUUGUUGCCGUAACAUUAGAGCAUGGUCGGUUCAUUGCGAUUUUUGUUCUUUUCAGUUUCGAAUCUUCACCGCACCCUUCCAACACGUAGGAUUUGCCGAUUUCUGGCUUGCUGAUCAACUCAACAGUUUAGCAGUAGCGCUCCUUGAUUUACAAUUUAUCAUUUGUUUCUACGCACACGAUUGGCACGUGAAUAAUGCUAAUGACAUGAUCUGUGAUGGCACAUUAUAUGGCGUCCGUCCUUUUGUUGCUUGUCUUCCUGCAUGGUUCCGAUUUGCUCAAUGUUUAAGGCGUUAUAAAGACACAAGACACGCUUUUCCACAUCUUGUUAACGCUGGCAAAUACUCUACGUCAUUCUUCGUAGUAGCAUUUUCCACUCUCGCUAAAUCAGACUCGGUAGGGCGAGAUCGUUACUUCAUGUUGUGGAUCAUAGCUGCCAUCAUCAGCACUUGCUACACUUUCACCUGGGACAUCAAGAUGGACUGGGGCCUACUGGACAAGAACGCUGGCGAAAAUAAAUUUCUCAGGGAAGAGACGGUGUACAGAUCCACGGCAUUUUACUACUUUGCUAUGGUCGAGGACUUGAUUUUCCGUUUGCUAUGGACCUUGACAGUUUCUGUAGGAGAACUGGAAAUAUUUCAUUCGGAGAUUCUUAAACUCAUUUUAUCAGUGUGCGAAGUGUUUAGGCGUUUUAUUUGGAACUUCUUUCGUCUCGAGAACGAGCACCUCAACAACUGCGGCCAGUUUCGUGCGGUGCGCGACAUCUCUGUCGUUCCCAUGGAAACUAAUGACCAGGCGUUCCUGGAGCAAAUGAUGGAUGACAUGGAAGGCCUGGCUCUAACCAAACGGAGAGGCCAGCAGAAAAGGAAGACGUCGGUGGUGUUGAGAUCAUUGCGCAAGAUGUCUUCGAAGGGCGAGGGAGUAACCCUGAGGAAAGACGCCAAAAUCGUCAUUGAAAAUGAGACAGUGACGAGCUUAUGACGGCGAUAGAUGAUUUUAGGACACUUUUGAAGUAAUGAGGUUGGGUUGGUUUUAACUUAUGAUAAAAACGAAAUGAAAUUAUGAUUCCAUUUUAUGGGUGGUAUAGAGUUAAUUCUCGUCUGCAGUGUAGGCGUUUCGUGCAAGAAUAACCGUGAUUAAAAAUUGGAGCAACUCCUAAGAGUAAGAACGAAGGGAAAUGGAAAACGGGAAAACACAGGAUUUCUUAACACCCUUCCCUUUUCCUCCUCUCUCUUUUACCUCGUCUAUAUUCCUCCCUUUCUCUUGCGACUGGUUCAAAAAAUUUAGCGAAUAGUUGCUACGAGUCGAUUAAUACGGCACAACUUUGCCACAUGUGCCAAGCUUACGACACCAAAUUAUUUUAGUUCACAACUUGCUUUUGACUGUCGUGUUCGGCACGAAACAGUUUAAAGAGAAUACAUUAAUACGAAACUAGAGGGUAAUCACAACUUGUUGAAAGAACCUUUCUUCAUUUAAUUCUUGUACAUGUUUUUAUUUUUUUUUUUUGUAAAAAUUCAUAAUCAUUUUUUAUAAAAUAAUUUAUAAUACAAUAUUUUGGUCAAACGAUAUUAAAUAAAAUUGUUAUUUACAUUUCUAAACGAUAUACAAAGAACAAGUUUGAUACCUUUGAGGUAUCGAUAACAAAUUACUGACAAAUUGGAAAAAAUAAAAGAAAGAAAAACUCUA